AUGUCUUUUGACGCCCACUUCAAGGCUGUAUUCACAGGUUCGCCUGUUGUUGACACUAUCCUGGACUUCGAUGGCACCGACGAGGUUCGAAAGUCGCGGUACGACAAGUUCAAGGAAGGCCUGGCUACCGGUGUCAACAACCGCUCUGAGCCCCUCGAAGAUUGGCACAGCGACUGCAGCUCAGUGAACGAGCUAGAUGCUCAAGAGAUCAAAGAGUCAAUCGAAGAAGGCCUCAACCGAAAAUCCCACCAGAAGGUGGAUGGCCAAUCGAUACUGGUAGACAUACCAGCACCGUUCCCAGAAAACCCAUACGACAACUACCAUCCGGUCAACCUUGACAGCUUGAAGUGCUGUUCAACAGCAGCCUUCCGUUACUACAUUGGAAGGCAUAUCAAGAGGGCCGUCAUGGAUGAAGUGGAUGUAAGGAUCGUCGCCACACGCGUCCAGAAGAUCCUUGCGAUGAUGGUCCUGUCAAGAAAUCUUUUCAGUGAUAACGUUGCAGAGACCAGGGAGAACAUGAACCUUUUGGCUACCUACAACGAGCGAGAAGACAGGUACCAGCGUGAGCUUGCCGAGCACGUCGAAGCGGCCUCGUGGGCAAAGAGCGCGAAGGUGAAGGACUCCAAGACGAGCUCAGCAAAGAUCGGGUCCAAGUUCGCAAAGCUGUCGGUGCUGUGCACGCACAUCGGCUUCUCCAGGCUCGACAAGAUGUCGACGGCGUCAAUCCGUACGCAGCGGCGCGAGGGUUUCCCUCUGCUCACUGCCCGCAUGAAGACGGCGGGAGCCCUGAACCCGAAAGACAAAGACGAUCCGCUCGAAAGUGACGAGGAGAUCUUGCGCCAGUUCCUUUAG